CAUGGCUGGGACGUGUCACGAGGGCCAGUACUGGGACCACCUUCUCCGGAUGUGCAUGCCCUGUCAGACCCAGUGUGCUCAGCCAUACCAGACGGAGAGAUGCAACAACUUCUGUGUGGCGAUAGAGUGCAAGAGCGUCAAGGGAAAUUUCUACGACUUGCUGCUGAAGCGCUGCUUGCGUUGCUCUGAGGUGUGUGGCCGUCACCCCUUGGAGUGCUCCCAAACCUGCAGCACUAAGUCCACGACCCCAAAUCUGACCAAGGAACUGCUGGACAGGCCUCCAAACUCUGGAGCGGAGUACCACACAGUGCUGAUCUACUCCCUGCUAGGCGUGUGCCUGGCCAUGCUGGUGUGCACGCUCGCCCUGGCCACGCUGGUGCUGCUGCGGAGGGCAAGGGCCCGCAAGCAGACCGCGGUCCACAAGGGCGGCGACACUGCCCCUCAGGAACACGGCAGCUCCUCCAGAGAUCGCCUGCUCGUGGCCAGCAAGCCCCCACUGAAGAAAGCAUCCCUGCCCACAGAGACCUGCGUCCAUUGCUUUCCAGAGCUCCGGGUGCCGCUCUGCCGUCCCGGGAGGGAGCCCCCCAUGCAGACCCCCGCCACUACCACGCUCUAUCAGCAGGCGUCAGUCACAGGCCCUGCCACUAGGGGGUCCCCCUGCUGUCUGCAAGGGGGAGCCCCCCCCGUGGAAAAGGACAGGCUGAGGAUUAUCUGUUCCCCAACACAGAGCAGCGUCUGAGGUUAUGACUGGGAUGGGGUGGGGCAGGAUGUGAUGUGCCCCCCGCCUCAACCCAUUCAGUCGGCCCCCGGCUCGCAGAUGGUCUCCAUCUGCGUGUGAGACGUUAAGCUUCACCCGAUCCUCGCCGCGCUCCACUCUGAACACUUGUUAAAAUGACAUUAGAUGACAAACCCCCAUUCCCAUCCUCCCAAGGAUCACGCCGGGAAAGUCACGAGCACUAGUGUGGCAAUAUAUGAAUGUAGACGGGGAAAGAAAAUAAAGCACGUUUUCCCAUUUGUGUCUCAUGGUCGCACCUCUGGCCUGGUUCCAGGGAGGAUCUCGCCAUCUUCUCGCUCUCCGAGGUCAGGAAAAGGUGAUGGACCCUCACCAACCUGUUAUUUGCACGUUCCUUU